GUUACCAAACAGUGAUUUUUAUCAUUGUGAUGGCCGCUUCUUUGCCAAAUGCUUUUACGGGGUUGCAGUUUGCCAUCAUCCAUUUCCAACCAAGCCAUCGAUGUAGAUUAUCUGAUGAAAUUGAAAACAUAUUGAAAAACAACUCAAACAGUAAUGAAAAUCUGUUCGACUUUUUUAUACCCAUGGAACCCGAUAAUUAUGGAAAGUUUGAAAUGGUUUGCAACAAUGAUUGGAAAGAACCUUUAGCAAUUACAGUUUUUCAAUCGGGAGUGGCAAGUGGAUCAAUAGUUGGCAUACUUGCUGACAGGUAUGGUAGACGGCCAGUUUACUUGUUUGCGUCUUUGGCCCAGAUAAUAUCCAUGGGUAUUACGGCUGCUUCUUGGGAUUUCUAUUCAUAUUUGGUUGCUGUUUAUUUUGUUGGGAUGACAGGACUCAUCAAUUUUGUUGUUGCUUUUGUACUAGUGACCGAAGUUAUUUCGAUUGAGUCAAGAAAUUUUAUGGCCGUUAGUUCAAUGUAUUCAUUUUCCAUUGGAUAUGCUAUUGUUCCCUUCAUUGGAUAUUAUGCGCAAAACUGGCGUACUUACAAGUUACAAUUGGGUAUCCAUGGUACUCAGUGUCUUUCUAUAUCUACCGGGCUACUGGUUGUUUCCCGAAUCACCACGUUGGCUAUCAACAGUUGGUAGAACAAAUGCUGCAAUCGCAGGACUGAACAAAAUGGCAAAGAUGAACCGAAAGAAGGUUAAUUUCGAAAGAUUGAGAAAAACACAUACAGCUGGUUCUCGUGAAAUAACGGCAUCACCCUCAGGGCUAAUAGAGACGCUUCGCAUAAUUUUCAAAUCUACAUUAACCUACAGAUUCCUGUCUGUUUUUUUUGCAUGGUUUGUGACAGGUCUCGUUUACUAUGCAAUAGCGUUCCACUCAAAAAGCUUCAGUGAUGAUCGCUACCUGAAUAUAUUGUAUUGCGCAUUUGCUGACUUUCCUGCAUAUCUUUGUGGUUAUUAUGCUGUUAACAUGAUCGGUCGCCCUAGAUCCACUAUCUUUUUUCUGCUAACUUGUGGAGUUUUCACCAUUAUUUUACCAUAUUUACCCGAAGAACUAUCCACGCUCAGAACAAUAAUCUCAAUAAUCGGGAAAGGUGCCGUAAGCGCAGUAUUUUAUAUCAUCUUCUUGAGCACGUCCGAAAUAGCUCCCACUCCACAGAGAAGUGCAUCAAUGAGCAUAGCAUCCUUCUGUAGUCGUGUUGGGGCGUUUAUCGCACCAUUUGUAAUGUUUCUGAGUAAAAUUGAAUACUCCAUACCUUAUUGGAUAAUGGGUGGGAUAACUAUUUUGAGUGGAAUAAUUGUUAUUAUUUGCAUUCCGGAAACACUCGGAGUGAAAAUGCCAGAUACAGUCCAGCAAGCUGAGAAUAACAAAAGAUUCUAUGGUUUCAAUAUAUUUAAAAAAUUCACGCCAACUACACAUCGUAAUCGAAGGGAUGAUAACUAUCUGAUGAAAGAAUUGACAACUUCGUAAAUGAUUGCCGUCGUGAUAUAUUUGCUUCGAA